UCCGACACCCACCGCACGCGGUCGACCUGCGAACCACCUACACCGCCGCGACGCGCUGCGUGACCCCCUCCAUUGUCUCGUGCUCGCUGUCGUAGUGUCGUGUGCGCUCCGUGCCGGCCGUUGCCAUGGCCGUGGAGUGGGGCAAGAUCCGUGGAGGCGCGCAUGGGGCGAGCAUAUCAACCCACACUCAUUAGUUCUGGCUGGGCGUCAUUUGGACUGGGCGGCAAAGAUGUCGAAUUCCAGCGCCUCGGGUGCCUCAGGGAGUUCUAGCGACGCAUUAUACAGGGAGCUAUGGCAUGCUUGAGCUAGGACAUGGAUCACAGUGCCUUGCAAAGGUGAAAGGCUUUACUACUUUCUGCAUGGUUAUAUGGAACAGUUUAUUUUCAGAAGGGAUUUGACAUGGUACCCUACAUUUAGUAAGUUAAAGACAUUGCUGAUGAACCAGUGGUGUGUGAGACCUGACCUCAGUGCACUAGUUUGUAUGCUAGAGCAUUCACCAGUUCUUGAGAAUCUGACACUUCAAUUGCGUAAGCAAGGAAAACGUAAACAUGCAUUGGAAGUGGAAGAAAAUCCUGGUUUAUUGGAGAAACCAGCGGCUAUUUCAGGGUACCUGAAGAUUAUCAAAGUCAAAUGUGAUGGGAUUGAUGACAGGGUUUGCAAAGUUUUGAAGUUCUUGAGUACAUUUGGCAUAGAAAUUGCUAUUCAAAGGACUAACGGAUAGUCAGAGAAUAUGUAGGUUAACUUGUGACUAUCUUUCUGGUUUUGAUAUACG